UUCAGCGGUGCCUUUACAACCGGCUCUGUGAGAAGACUUGAGACUGGCAUAAACGGAUUUAAGCAAGGAGUGUUUGUGCAAGACACUUGGGCUCUUCCGUCUCCUGACAUCCUCAUUCUCUCAUUGCUUUGAAAAAUCCUUCUGUUAGAUGCGAGGUAGAAGGAAAUUCCUGGGUCAUCUUUUAGGACUUCUUUCCCCAGAUGAAGUCUUUUGCAGAAAUCCUGCACGCCAGGAGGCCGGCGUUUUUCAACUAAGCCUCCCGAAUGCAAAUGCAGGGCUCCCUGGUACACUCGGUGACACUUGCCCUCUGCGUUCCCAGGAGCUACCUCGCAAGGGGUCUCCCGCGCUGCACCGCCAGGUGGCGCCCUUCUCGAAGGGAACUCACCUCAGUCACAAACGGUGGGGCAGUUGCUCGGCAACCGAAACUGGGCGUUCCAAACAAUUGGGACCCGGGAUCCUCCGCGUGCGUUGUGUGCGGCUGCGCGGGCCCCCAGUCCUUCACACCAGCGCCUUUUUGCCAUGCCUUUCACCCGAGACCCUUUCCAGCACCCUACGUUGGAUAACGAUGAUUCCUACUUGGGAAAAGCCCGAGCUUCCAAGAAACUGCCAUAUAAGAACCCAAAUCAUCUUGCUCAGCAACAGGAACCCUGGAGUCGGCUCAACUCAACUCCCACAAUCACCUCCAUGAGGCGGGAAGUUUAUUUUUUUGAUCCUGAGAUACCCAAGGAUGACCUGGAUUUCCGCUUAGCAGCCUUGUACAACCACCACACAGGGACAUUCAAGAACAAAAAUGAGACACUCUUACAUCAGGAGACCACCCAGGAUACCCAUGGAAUCAUCAAGACCCAAUUCCCUGGAGAACCUUUACCCCCUCCUCUGCCACCUUCCAUCACUUCCCAGGCUAACAUCAGACACUGGAUCAACCCUAAGAAGGAGUCUAUCCACAGCAUCCAGGGAUCCAUAGUGUCCCCUCAUACUGCAGCCACCAAUGGAGGCUACUCCCGAAAGAAUGAUGGUGGCUUCUUCUCUACCUAGUGUUGACAGGCCCCUGGACUAAUUAAUCAUAGUGGAACGUCCUUUCGCCAACCUCCAUUAAAUAGAUUUGUGCUGGAUGAAGCUUGAAGUGUGUUGCCCAAGGACUAAAAGUUGACACUUGACUACUCUUAAAAUAUGGAAGUUUCCCAACUUCUAGAAGUUAGUCCUGCUGGACAUAUUUGCAAUUUGGAGUCAUUUUUGCUGAGAAGAUAAGGAUUUAGAAGUCAUUCCAAACAUUGAUGUAUCCAUUCAACAUUUCUUGCGAACUUUUAUAUGUCAGGCACUGAGCUAAGUGUUGAGGAAACAAGAAUGGACGUAGCCUAUUUUCUUAAUGAGCUCACACUGCCAUAAUUCUGGUAGUUCUAUGUGGCAUUAAUGGUUAUGAUGAGGUCACACUUAACAUACUUCGGACCAAGUGGAUUUUGUCAUCUACUGGACUCUACCUUGCCAUGAGGGCUCUAUCUGUCUGGUCCAGGCUCCUUGCCAUUGCUCAUUCUCUGACUCUGCGGUCUUCUUGCCUGGGAGUCAAUUCCCUUCUUUGUCAACUUGUGCCGUGAAAUACAGGCAGUUCUUCUAAACAUG